AUGUCUUGCUGCGCUGAGCAGCGCGCAAGAGAUUCACCCACAUUGACGACGAAGAUCAACAAGCUCGGAGAGGAAGACUUCAUUUCAUGUGCGCAUUCCACUCGCGGCAUCACAUUCUCCAAAGUCACAAGGACAGCAUUGCUCUCGAGGUUGCUUGUCAAGCCUUGUGGCUAUUGUGCCUACGGAGCAGGGUUGCCAGUUGAACGUCGAGCAGAAUCCUUCCCUGUAGUGGCAGUGAUAAACGAGGGACGAACGUAUAUCGACGCGAUACUGGACAGAAGGGCCCGCCGAGAGCGGCAGCAGCUGCCAAGGAGAAGCCGUCGCAACACAGCAGCGCACUGCGAGACGCAGAGAAGGAAGAGAGAAAAGCCUUUCGUGUGCAUUUUCCGUGUGUGUCAAGAAAAGCUUGCGAGACGCGUGUUUUGA